CCGAGCCGACGCCGAGCUGCCAAACCUUCGGCUCUCCGGGUUAAAUCCGCGUCUGUUGGACCCCGACGGAGUCACUCGGACAACAAACUGUUCGAUUCGCACCGAGCUGGACCGACGAGCCGCCGAGAAGACGAAGACCGUUUGACCGACAAACGGCCCCCUCAGUCUAUGGGCUCGCAGUCCAGUUCUGGGAUGUCUGGUGGAAGGAGCUCUUCCAGCGACAACCCAGCUGAGCGGUCUGAAGGAGCAGAACCGAAUCGGGGCGGCGGCGGCGGCGGCCGGGGCCGCAGGUCGGCGGACAGACAGUCAGCAGCGGAAGAGGACGUCGACUUGGCUGAAGUGCUGGCUUACCUACUGAGGAGGGGCCAGGUGAGGCUGGUCCAUGGCAGUGGAGCCACGGGGCUGCAGCUGGUCCAGUCGUACUCUGAUUCUGAUGAGGACAGCGAUGGGGCCUGGGAGGGACGGCUGGGAGACCGCUACAACCCACCAGUGGACACCCAGCCCGACACACUCGAGGUGGACCGAAGUGAGAUCCGAACUCAGAUCCUGCUGGCCACGGCCUCCUCUGCCCUGAGGGGCAGACACAGUUUCACCCACAUGCUGACGGAGAGGGAACAGGGCAGAUGUAGAGGCUCCAGUUUUUCUCAUGGAGAGUGCAGUCGUAUCCGCACACAUUUCCUGCCAAACUAUGUAUCCCACAAAGACACAUACCAGCAGAAAGCUUUCUGUGGAGUGUACAGCGAGGAUGGCAACAUGUUCCUCUCUGCCUGCCAAGACCAGAACAUCCGCUUGUACGACACGACGAGGGGACGCUUCAGUCUGCGGCGGACAGUGAAGGCUCGGGACGUGGGCUGGAGCGUUCUGGAUGUGUGCUUCACUCCUGACGCUCACCACGUGCUGUACUCCAGCUGGUCUAACUACAUUCAUUUGUGCAGUAUAGAAGGAGACAGUGAAAACCACACCGCCCUGGACCUCAAUCCAGAUGAGAGGAGGUUCUGUGUGUUCUCCCUGGCUGCGUCCACAGAUGGGAAGGAGGUCCUGGGGGGAGCUAACGACGGCUGCCUUUAUGUCUUCGACCUGGAGCAGAAAAGACGAACGUUGAAGAUUGACGCCCACGAGGACGAUGUGAAUGCGGUGGCGUUUGCAGACAGCUCGUCUCAGCUGCUUUUCUCUGGCAGCGACGACGCACUGUGCAAGGUGUGGGACAGACGGACGCUGCGGGAGGACAGGCCACAGCCCGUCGGACAGCUGGCCGGACACCGGGACGGCAUCACCUUCAUCCACAGCAAGGGUGAUGCUCGCUAUCUGAUCAGCAAUUCCAAGGACCAGUCCAUCAAGCUGUGGGACGUCAGGAAGUUCUCACCCAAAGAGGGACUGGCAGCUUCCCGUCUGGCUGUCACCCAACAGAACUGGGACUACCGCUGGCAGCAGGUUCCCCAGAGAGCCCUGAAGAGACACAAGCUGACAGGCGACACCUCGGUGAUGACGUACCGCGGCCACGGCGUUCUGCACACCCUCAUCCGCUGCCGUUUCUCCCCAGAGUUCAGCACCGGGCAGAGGUUCAUCUACUCUGGCUGCUCCACUGGAAAAAUCAUCAUUUAUGACGUGCUGACGGGCAGCGUGGUCUCCAGACUGUCGGGCCACGACGCCUGCGUGAGGGACGUCAGCUGGCACCCGUACGAGGACAACGUGAUCAGCAGCUCCUGGGACGGAGCAGUGCGAAUGUGGGAGCACAGACAAACCCACCCUCUGGAGGAGGAGAGGGAGAGGGACAGCAAGUGAAAGACCACGAGAGAAAAGAGACGAGAUGUCCCACGUCGUCACCACAGACAGGAGAAAUUGGCUCUAACAGAGGAGGACGAGAAGCUCAGGACGACUGGGAGAUACUUAAAUACCUUUUAAUUCAAUGCUGGAUGUUAAUGAUUAUGAUCAUAGCUUGGUUGUGCAGCGUUCCUCAGGUGAUAAAGGUGAUCGGAGCUCGCUGAGACGACGUCUUCUGUUUGUCUUCUGGGUUUUUUUCUGGCCAAAACUUUUUUUAUUUGGCCUGAAACUUUUCAAAAUGCACUGCACUUAGUUAAUGAGCAGUUGAAAUGUAAUGGUAAGCUACUUAAUGAAAAAUCAGUGUGGACGCUGCAGGGAGAAGCUGGCCGCCAUGAUUCUGUGUAGAUGUAUUUUAAUGGAGCGUGUUCAGCGUCGGCAGUUUGCUGGUUUGGGAUCAGUUUGACUUUGCUGUAGUGAAUAACACGAGUCCACAUUUUAAGAUUAUAUUAAACACGAGUGUAUGAAAAUAAUCCAGCUGCUUAAAGUCGGAGCUGUUAACCUGUUCAUCGUGAUUUUCCCAUCAGCCCUCUGGCUUCCUGCGGUCAGAGCUGAGCUCCUGUAUCAGACUGGUCCUGAGAGUGUAAACACAAAAACUGACCCAGAGCAAAGAGUCAUGCUGAUUCGUUGAGAAGGUUUGAACGUGAGUGAUGAUGAUGAUGGAGUCAGGACUCGGUGGAGGACCUGGGGACGUGUGUGGACAAAAACUUACACACUUAUCUGUUUAUGCAAUUUUCAGGUGUUUAUAUCAAAGCCCACAUUUCUCUCUCAGACCGUUGUUUUACAGGAACAAUAAAACCUUUAAAUGUG